AUGCUUUCAGGGUUUGAUUGCAGCACACAUGGCCGUCCCGCGCGCCUUGUUGGUGGCCUCAGCUCUUUAAGUUUAUCUUUUAUAUUAUCCACAAAGCCCCUGUCCGUGAAUGCGUGCACACCAUACAUUUCCAGAGCUUCUGGCAAAGAGAAAUCCCUCAACCCCAACAAUCGCCGCAAAACACCAUUCUGCUUACAUACCGCUGUCAACUUUGAGAUUAUUCGAUGCCCGAGGCGUGAGCACACCGGCAGGUUAACAAAAGUUUCGAAACUGCCAUUUCCAGAGUUUCGGGCAGCUUUCACCAGCAUUUGA